AUUAGCCUCAUAUCCUGAACCUCAGGGAGGGUUAAACCCUGUGUUCACCUUUGCUGUUCUUUCUUCGUCUCCAAUGGAAUUCGAGUCCAAAUACGAGGUUUUGCGCGUUGUCACCUUCAUUCGCACCCAUGGCUUCAAAAGGGUCGCUUUACAGUUCCCGGAUGAGCUACUAAAGGAGUCAAUCGGGGUCGUGUGGGCCCUACGUAAGGAGCUACAAUCAUGUGGUGAAAGCGGUAAUAAUAUUGCGUUGUAUGUAAUGGCUGAUACUACAUACGGUAGCUGUUGUGUUGAUGAGGUUGGUGCGUUGCACAUCAAUGCCGACUGCGUUAUUCAUUAUGGACAUACAUGUCUCAGCCCGACAUCAAAACUUCCUGCAUUUUUUGUUUUUGGGAAGGCUCCAAUAAACGCAUCUAACUGCGCCAAACACCUUUGUAAUUAUGCAUUGUCCAGCAAGAAGCCUGUAUUGGUUCUCUUUGGAUUGGAAUACGGGCAUGCGAUACAUGAUAUUAUAGAAGCAUCAACUAUUGAAACAACACACGAUAAAUUACAUUUUGCAGAUGUUAUGAGCCAAUCUAUGAAACCAACAAAAACUUCUGAUGUUAAUGGAGAUUGUGAUGACGCAUCACAAAAAACGUAUAGCAUCGGGGGCUUGCGCUGGAGUCUAGAACAGGGUCUCAGUAUGGAAGACUACUCAUUGUUUUGGAUCGGGCCCGACAAUUCAGCUUUUGCAAAUGUUGUACUUACCUUCAAUGACUGUGAAAUAGUUAGAUAUGAUGCGACGGAAAAUGUAUUGUUAAGUGACACUUCUCAGCAACGAAGAAUUCUCAAGCGUAGAUAUUAUCUAGUUGAGAAAGCAAAGGAUGCUGGCAUUGUGGGAAUAUUGGUGGGAACCCUUGGCGUCGCGGGGUAUCUAAGUAUGAUCCAUCAAAUAAAAGAGAUGGUCACAAAAGCUGGGAAGAAGGCCUACACGUUUGUGAUGGGAAAACCUAAUCCUUCAAAACUUGCUAAUUUUCCGGAGUGUGAUGUCUUCAUCUACAUCUCUUGUUCACAAACCGCUCUUUUGGAUAGCAAAGAAUUCUUGGCUCCUGUUAUUACUCCUUUUGAAGCUAUUCUUGCAUUCAACAGGGGAAGCGAGUGGACCGGAAAGUAUGUAAUGCAAUUUCAAGAUCUGGUUGCUUCAACUCCUGUGGGCGUGGAAAAGUCCGGAGAAGAAGAAGAAGCAAGAUUUUCAUUCCUUCAAGGUGGAUACAUUGAAGAUCAUGAUUUGCAAGAUAUCAACAAAGAAGAUGAAGAUGGACCUCUUGCUUUAAUGAAAAUGACUCAGACAGCGCUGCAAGAGCGUGGUAAGGAUCAUAAAACCAUGGUCAAGAAGGGAAGCACGAAAUCGGGCGUGGAUUUUUUUGCAUCACGGGCUUUUCAAGGUCUUGACAUCAACAAUAAUAGUAAUGCACCUGAGCCAUUCAUACUUGGAAGAUCCGGUAAGGCGUCCGGUUACAACCAUGAAACAAGUGAGCACUAGCUUCUAGUUGUUUGUAAUUCUUCCAAAUUUAAUAGCUUUUACCUUUGUGGCCAUUGAUAUUAAUCAACCAAAAGAAACUCUAUAUGUUGUAAUCCACUUUUCAAUCUUCAUGCAUAGCAUGUUAGUAGGGUUGUAAACGAGCGGAGCACGAGCCUGGUGGUCGACCCGUUUAACUUAAGAGAGCUAAUGGGUGUGUAAAGUAUGAACUGGAAUUGAAGUUAAACAUUCAUGACAUUGUGUUUGGUUUGGAAAGUGAAGACUUCAAACA